AUGUUGGCAAUGGUAAAGGGAUCUCGUGGUGACCUUAAGAGGCUAUUUUAUGUGUUAAACUUGGUGGUUACCUCCUUUUGUUUUAUUCAUGUUGCUGAUGGCAAAGAGAUCUAUGAUGACCUUAAGUGGUGUUUACCUCCUUUUGUUUUAUUCAUGUUGACGAUGGCAAAGAGAUCUUAUGCUGACCUUAAGAGACUAGUUUAUGUGUUAAACUUGGUGGUUACCUCUUUUUGUUUUAUUCAUGUUGGUGAUGUCAACGGGAUCUAUGAUGACCUUAAGUGGUGUUUAUCUCUCUUUGUUUUAUUCAUGUUGGUCAUGUCAAAGAGAUCUCGUGGUGACCUUAAGCAACUAUUCUACCUGUUAAACUUGGUGGUUACCUCUUUUUGUUUUAUUCAUGUUGGUGAUGAAUAUUACUAA